CAGAUUCCCGCGGCCCGCCGAUGAAUUUGAUAUGAAUGGCAGUUGUUGUGUUUUAACUAUUUGACGUAAAUAAUUAUGGUUAGGAACUUUUUUGACGUAAAUUGUGUUUUCUGAUAUAAUUUGGAUAUGGAUAGCAAAUGGACAGACACUAAAAAAAGUGUAAACAAGAAUUUGGAAGACCUGAAGAAAGAGUUAGAGGGUAAAUGGAAGCUGUUGCCUCCUUCAGAAGAACUCAAGAGUACGGCACACGACAGGUUUUUGACAGGGCUGAAGAAUUACAUGCAAAAUUACCUGAAAGAAGAAGAAGAACUGUUAACAGAGCAUCAGAUAAAAGUUUUACGAGAAGAUGUAGAGAAAAUGUGGGCUCUGUGUUGUUAUACAGAUACACAGAAAGAAGAGUUCCCAGAGUAUAAUGUACCUGUUGUGUCUGAAACAAUCCUGGACAAACAUAGAAAGUAUCUUGCUACAUUGGAAGUAUUGUAUAAAAACAAUGAGUUGGUAUUCAGUUCAGCAAAGAAGUAUUUUGACCUCUGGCAUCAUGUGCAGGAUCUUGAGAAACAGUUAAGUGACCCUACUCGACUUUUCACUAAUCGAGGUGCACUGCUCCUUAAAAAUGAAAAGGAUCGCAAGGAUGGAAAAAAGGAAUUAAUUCGCUUGGAGGGAGAGCUGACAAGACUGGCAAAACAGCAUGAAGAAAAGUACGGGAAUCAACUUUUGAUACAUGGAGAAACAGUUAUAUCAUGGUUGCAAAAAUUUAAGCCAGAAUCUUUUCCAGGAUCAACUUGCAAAUCUAGGGUUCGCCCUUGGCACAAUGGGAUGUCAAGCCAAACAUCUACGGCAAAAAAGAGGCCAUGCACCACAGACUCUACUAUCAGCAAUGGGCCUGCACCAGCUAAACAAUGCAAGCGCUCCCUACAUGGGAAAGUGAAUGGUUUUUAAGUCUUUUAAUGACGAUUUACAUGUACAAUUAUUGUAACUGCUGAGCUUCAUCAGCUUCAUCGUUUUAUUCUGUACUGAGUCAUUUUAAGUCACUGUGUACAAAACAUAGAUUAUUUAGAACUGUUUAUAUUAAAGUAAAUGUGUAGUUUUAACUCA